AUGCAAUCACAAUACCCACAGCAUUGGUACUACAAAUAUGAUAUACCUCAUUUAAUCCUCGGCGUUGUGUCAUUAGUAAUAUUUGCUGGCCUUGAAUUUGCCAAGCCGAAUCCGUUAUAUUUUCCACCAAAUGACUCAAAUUCUUUAUUCCCUCAUCCAGGCAAAAGCACAAUCCCUACAUGGUUAGCAAUCGUAUUAGUUGCUGUAAUUGGAAUUGUCACAAUACUUGUAUUAUUUGCAAUUUCAUAUAAAUUCCCCAAAAUAUGCCGUAAGUUCAACGUUUAUAGUGCAUUAUGGAAUUGUGCUGCUGUUGUUGGCGUUUCUUCUAUUCUAGUUGAUGUUUUAAAGAAUUAUGUUGGCAGACCAAGACCAGAUAUGAUAGCAUUAUGCGGAGAAAACUUUACUGGCGCAUAUUCUACUUGCAAAUCAGGUGUUUCUAAAUCUGCUUUUAAUGAUAAUUAUCGUUCCUGGCCUUCUGGUCACUCUUCAAGUGCAAUGUCAGGAUUUAUAUAUCUAGCAUUACUCAUACAAAAAUCAUUAAUAUUUAGUCGUACAAUUGGCACUUUUAUUGCUGCCUUAUAUAUUCUUUUUGCUCUAUAUAUAGGCGCAACACGAAUUCGCGAUUUUAAGCAUCAUACUGAUGACGUCCUUGCCGGAUUUUUCAUUGGCUACAUUAUUUCGCGUCUUAUUUGGGAUCAAUGCUUAGAUUAUAUUUAUGAAACAAAUGACAAAGAACACGAUAUCAAGUUAGAUAAUGAAGAUAAAAGCACAAGUGGCGUUUGA